UAAGAACAUAGUACACGUAAGUACAUACUGCACGUAAGUACAUACUACACACAAUCACAUAAUACACAUACGCACAUAUUGCCCACGACUCUGUCAUAUAAUGUAUGAAGCUCUACAGUCUGCAUCAUAGGAAGACGAGCUGAUGCGAUCUAGACCUCCUAAUCCCUCAUUGCAAGACAAUCUCGACUAUUGAAGGCCCAUUAUGCAGUAUCCAGACAUGAACGAUCCCUUCGCAGAGGAAAACUGCCCUGGAUACUAUCGUUACCCUUGUGUGCACGGAGAUACAGUUCUAUUCUGUUGUGAAGAUGAUUUGUGGUGUAUUUCAGCUAAAGGUGGUUAUGCACGCCGCUUAACUACAUUUCCAGGCGAGUUGAAGUGUGUGCCUGCGGGUGAGUCUGGCGGAGAUGAUGACGACGAUGACGAUGAGGGUGCGGCUUCGCGUCUGUCGGGUGUGCUGGACAUAGACUCGCGUGUAUUGUGUGAAAUUAACCCUAGGCACGAGUGGAGGCAAAUGUUUCUGGAGACUUGGCGGGCCAUGCGCGAUAAGUAUUACUCAGAUAACCUGAAUGGUGUGGACUGGGGAGCCAAACGCGAUCUAUAUCUGCCGUUGGUUGCCCGUGCGUCGUGUCGAUCGGAAGUGGCGGAUAUCUUGACAGAGUUGCAGUCGGAGAUGUGCACGUCGCACGCCAGUGCCUGGGGUGGUGACUACAAACACCGCAGACAUAUCAAGCCUGGGUGUCUGGGGGCCGACUUUACCUGGAGCGAGGAGCACGGGGCGUAUGCAAUCUCCCACAUUGUCAACGGAGAUGUGUGGCAUCCGCAGAACGGCGGUCCCUUGGCCAAGCCAGCUGUGGGUGUGAGGAAAGGCGAUUUAUUGGUUGCUAUAAAUAGACGGAAGCUGGAUAGGCACACUACCCCCAACGAGCUACUACUAGGGAUGGCAUACUCUGAAGUGCUCCUGAGUGUCAUGCCUAAAUCGGCUGCCAAGUCAGACUCAAAGUCCAAGACCAAAGCAGUAGGCAAAGGUACUAAAACGAUAGGGUAUGGUACAGGCGCAGCCGCAGAACAGCCUAAGAAGGAUAUGAAUGGGUCUAUAAAUGGGUCUACCAAGAAUGCAGAGCACAAAAGCGUGGGGAGUGUUAUGACGGUACCCGUAGCCGUGACCGAUAGCGAGAGGGACAAUGAUACGUCCGAGGAGCAAAGGGAUUCGGGCACGGAAAUGGGCGUUGUGCGAGACAGUCAAACGGGGCGUAAAAUCCUAUCGAAAACAAACUCGUCGCUAGGUGCCACAGUCAAAUCCGGGCGGGAAAAGCAUCAAACCCCCAACAAAGGCGAUAAUAAUAUCUAUGAGUCCAAAAACCCGGGAAACGCCAAAACUUUCGGGGCAAGGAAGAAUUCAAGUGUGAAGAAGGGCGCGGGGACGAGGAGAGCUAGCACGGCACCGAAACAGGCCACUACCGGUGGCAUAGCAAAAGAAUCGAGGAGUACUCCGGAGUCCAGCUCAGAGAGUAUACGGCACAUCCGCGUGCGGUGUAUUGGGUCUGAUCUAUACGCACGCUACAGAGACCACAUCGCACACAGUCGCGCUCAUGUGCGUCGCACCACCAACGACCGUGUAGGCUAUAUACACCUGCCCGAUAUGGAACGGUUGGGCUUCUCGGAGUUCCACCGACACUUUCAUACCGAGAGUCGACGCGAGGGGUUGAUUGUGGAUGUGCGUGGGAAUGGCGGGGGAUAUAUCAGUGAACUGCUGCUGAAGUCUCUCGCUAUGCCGUCACUUGCUGUUGAGAUAUCUCGAUACGGUGCCCCGAUAGCAUAUCCCACGGCCAGUGUGAUAGGGCCAGUGGUGAUGGUGUGUGAUGAGUUCACUGGAUCAGAUGGGGAUUGCAUUGUCGAGUCCUUCAAGACUUUGAAACUGGGUCCAGUGGUUGGUCGACGCACCUGGGGCGGUGUAGUGGGGACUAUGGACCCACUCCAACUGGUAGAUGGCAGCUAUACUACUCAGCCGGAAAUCUUGAUCCUAUUCCUCCACAAAGAAGCAGCACCAAUCGAGAACAGAGGCGUAGAGCCUGAUGUACAUGUGAUACAAACUCCGCAGGAGCAUCGAAAGGGAAAGGAUACGACACUGGAUGCGGCGGUGAAGGUGGUGAUGCAGAAAUUGGCGAAGGAGGUUCCCUCGUUCUCCUCGUUAAUGGAUCAACAUCGAACCCCGAAGGACAAGCCGACGAUACCAAAGGACUGGCCGUUCUCAAUGCCGGCUCUAGAGUAGACCCCUUGUUUGGGUUAGCACGAUAUAUCUUAGUCAUUGUUAGUAUAGUACGACGCUCGAGUAUCUAUUGGAUACGUGUCAUAGAGUAGACGUCUAUUAGGGUUAGCAAAAUGUAUUCUGAACUCUGUUGGUGUAGUACGAUGUCUGAGCACCUAUUUGAUACCACGGCUAUAGAGUAAACCCCUAAUUAGGUGUGCAAGAUAGCGUAAACCCUGUUAGUAUGCUAAGACAUCCGGACGACUGUACUAUAUAACGGGGCAUAUAAGUACUUUAAUGGUAUUAUAACACGACAUCUCAUCAUUUUAGGACAAAUUUAGCCCCGGUAUCUAGACCCUUAGAUAGUGCACCAAGACAUUGGGACUCCUGUAUGGUAUAUCUACGUAUCACAGGGGAGUGGCAAAGUCGUAGACUGGACCUUCCUGACUACUCACGGGAAAGCCCGUGGGAUACAAAUCACAUUACAUGUCGCAUAGAUUAGAAUUAGGACAAGUAACAUACGCAAUGGUGCAUUGGGCAUACUGUGAUCAAAGCGUUAGCCUGAUGUGUAUCCCAGGCUGAAGUAGUACUGCUGAGCGUGGUGUAUUUUAGUAACGCAUAAAUGUAGGGGCGUUUGGUUGUACUCUCGGACUGUCCACAGUAUAUUGAGCGCCCCGAUAGUUUGAUCAGAGGGCUUGCGCCUGCCAGAGUCCAAUAAACAAAUUUAGG